CAUCGUCAUUCUUCAAGCAACAUGUGCGAGGCUAGCCACAACCCAGAUCGGAUGGAUAUAGCGAAAUCCCUCUGGGUCAAAAGAGGUUUGCCUGUCACGCACCUACGCACGAACCGUCGUCAGUGGGCACUCGACUGGGAGAAAGGCAUCCGCCUGGUCUGUCACAGCCCGGAGGACUCAGAAGCAGGACUUGGGUCCAUUGUCGUUUUUCGUGAACUCGCGCUAUCGUUGCUUUUGAACAGGCGACGCAGGAAGCUGGACCGCAACGACUACCGGAAACUCCGAGAUGCGCGAGAGCGCAUCGAGGAGACGUUCAAACGGACGAAGCGCAUUCUCGAUAUCUUCGCGAACCCCCAGAGGAAGCUAGAGCACUCUGACGAGUACGAGUACUUCAAGAUCAUAAGCACCGACGCGCGCUUGGAGAUCAUCUUGGAGGGCUUCGAGGAGGCGUGCUGGCAUUCGUGGGCCGGGCAGGACGCGCGCUUGUUGUGUCCCGAACUGAACACCGACGAUCUCCUCAAGAGAAGGGGGCAGGCCUUGACGGAUUUCUACGAGAAAUGCUUCCAGGCGGCGAACGCGGGCGGUCUCGAGAACUUUGACAAGGUCAUUGUUCGGAGUGAGUGGUGGAAAAGUGCGUACGGAAAUGGAAGCAUGGUCCUCAAUGCUACUCCGGAGGCCAGCAAGUGGUGUUACGAGUUCUUGACAUGCAUUCGAGCCCACUUCAUCCUUCAUUUUAUCGUAUACUCGUCCAAGAACAUGUCCGAAAAGUAUCGCGGAGUGAUCAAAGACCCAACUAGCGAGUCAGUGGUAGCCAGGAGAAUGCAGCUGAAUCUCGGGCUGGCCGCUACCCGUGAGCUCAUGACCAACAAGUGGCCCAGUCGCUCUUCAGUACCCUGCGAGAACUGUGGACGUGGAGCGAAGGACGUCAAGUUCAUGUUAUGUGCCGGGUGCAAAAGAGAUUUGGAUUUCGAGGUCCACUACUGCUCCAGGGAAUGCCAAAAGGCAGACUGGAAAAGGCACAGAGUAUCUUGCGGAAAACAUAAAGUAUCAAAGUACCGCUGGUCCGAGUACAAAUUCUCCAAGGCACUGCAGCUCCAGAUCAGGGUGCAGUACGCUUAUCCGGAGGCGCAGUACAUCUUGUUUAGGCGCGACAGCUUUCCAGCGGCAUUCAUGGUAUCCUUCGCCACGGACCUCGAGAAGGCCGGGCUAUUCGCUACGGCCUUGGGUGCGCUCCUCACCUCCGCCUCGAAACCAUACCUCGGUCCCGUUGCAAAGUGGCUUGUUGAUGCCGUCGACAAGGACGAGAAUGUUCAGUCCGAGAUCUCCAGGGAGGACAUCAUUGCCCAGCUUACCGAGGAGUACGAGGUGGAUGUACGGUCUUGCCUUGAGCACGUCGAAGCAGAGCUAGCAAUGGACGACGAUGAGGGGGCAUUCAGAGGAAUGCUGAUAGAGCCCGUCACUUCCAGCGGGGUAGUCGAUGAGGAUAUGGAAGAGAAGUCGUCCUAACCGUACCAGCGUUCACUGUGUAAGUUACCAAACAUUAAGAAACGC